AGAAGAAGGCUCUCCUCCGGUCGCGCCGGGGCCAUGCGUGCGGCGUUCUGAACGGCCGGCGCGGCUGGGAGAGGUCAGGGAAGGCAGCGAUCCAUCGAUCCGAUGGGUCUGCAGAGGGGUGUGCUCACGCGGAUCUUGUACCCCGCCCCGGAGCCCAGCUAUUCGGUGGACAGCUUCCCCGGGGAACUGGUUUGGGUACCUAAGAAGAGUUCCCUAGACGGCGACGCCCCGGGGUUCGGUGUGGACUCCGUGCCGUGCCUGCUGCUCAAGUACCCUUACAGCCGUUUCCUGGUGCUCUUCUUCCACUCCAACGCGGAGGACCUGGGGAGGUGCUACUCCUUCUGCCAGCAGCUCAGGGACAAGUUCCAGGUCCAUGUGCUGGCGGUGGAGUACCCCGGCUACGGCGUCUGCCCAGGGGUGGCCACGGGCAAAAGCGUCACGGAGAACGCCCUGUCGGCGCUGCACUUCGCCACCCAGAGCUUGAGCUGGCCCUUGGACAGCAUCAAGAUCUUCGGCAGGUCCAUCGGCACAGGCCCAGCGAUCAAGCUGGCGAGCCUGUUCCGCUUCGCCGGGGUGAUUCUGGUGACGCCCUUCCUCUCCAUCGCGGAGCUCUUCCGGGAUCGCGUGGGCCCUUUGUCCAAGCUCGUGGAGGAGUGGUACCCCAACGGGGACCUCGUUGGCAAGGUGGGGUCACCGGUUCUCAUCAUCCACGGCAAGUCGGAUGACAUGAUCGCGUACCGCCACGCGGAGAGCCUCUUCGAUCGGAUCUCCACGCGGAAGCUGCUGGUCAGCCCGCCCAACAUGGCGCACAAUACCAACCUCAUGAACGAUCUGAGUUUCUUGGUAAUGCCGGCGACCCACUUCUUCUCCCUGCCGGACUACAUCUUUCAAGACCUGAGGGUGCCCAGCUGGGCGCUGAGGCGGCCCAGCAGCUGGGCGCUGCGGGCGCCUCUGUUGGACCUGGACGAGCUGCGGGUGAAGCGGUGCCUCGGGGGUGCUGGGCUUGGAGGAAGGUUCGACACGAACUUCGACUGCUGUGGUCCAGGCCCGGCGCUGCAGAAGGCCUGGCUGGGCGUGGAGAGCUGCUGCAGCAAGGCGGUGGUGGACCUACACGAGGCGCAGGAUACCUCUCAGGUGGGCUUCGAUGUGGGCACCUUGCCCUGCGGCCUUCAAGGGGACCCUUUGCCCUGGCACGAGGACCCAGCCCAGCCCAUCGCCGUCUCCAUGCCCCUCUCUGGUCCCAAGGCGAAGGAUUACCAGGAGGAGGUGGUGUGUCGAGCUCCCCGUGGCCGAGAGGAGCCACGAUCCAUCUCGAUGUGAACGGCGGGAGCUUUGCGCUGGCUUUGCUCUCGGCGUGAGCAAUGGUUCACCAACUUGCUCUCGUCGAAAAGGACAAGCCUCCAGAUCGGUGUGUUUC